AUGCCGCGGUUGCCGGUGAAGAAGAUCCGCAAGCAGAUGAAGCUGCUGCUGCUGCUGCUGCUGCUCACCGGCGCCGCGUGGCUCACCUACGUGCACCUGAGCCUGGCGCGCCCCGCACGCGCGCCGCGCCAGCGCCCGGGCGCCGGCCGAGACGGGGAGAAGCUGCCCAGUGUGACGGACAGCCACGGGGCCCAGGCCCUGCCGGCCACGCAGAGGGUGGACGACUCCAGUGAGAGUCGAGAGGAGGAGCAGGCGUUCGAGGGGCGGGACCCAAACAUGCUAUUUCCUGGAGGGGCAGGGAGGCCCCCACCACUGAACCUCACACGUCAGACACCCCCUUGGCGGGAGGAGUUCAAGGGACAGGUGAACCUGCACGUUUUUGAGGACUGGUGUGGAGGUGCGGUGGGUCAGCUGAGGAGGAAUCUGCACUUCCCGCUCUUCCCUCAUACGCGCACCACCGUGAAGAAGUUGGCAGUGUCCCCCAAGUGGAAGAACUAUGGACUCCGGAUUUUUGGCUUCAUUCACCCAGCGAAAGAUGGGGACAUCCAGUUCUCCGUGGCUUCGGACGACAACUCUGAGCUCUGGCUGAGUGUGGAUGAGAGUCCGGCAGCUGCCCAGCUCAUAGCCUUUGUAGGCAAGACCGGCUCUGAGUGGACUGCACCUGGAGAAUUCACCAAGUUCAGCUCCCAGGUGUCCAAGCCCCGGCGGCUCAUGGCCUCCCGGAAAUACUACUUUGAACUGCUUCACAAGCAGGAUGACCGGGGCUCAGACCAUGUGGAAGUGGGUUGGCGAGCCUUCCUGCCUGGUCUGAAGUUCGAGAUCGUCGGCUCUGCCCACAUCUCCCUGUACACAGAUGAGUCGGCCCUGAAGAUGGAUCAUGUGGCCCACAUCCCCCAGUCUCUAGCCAGCCACGUGGGCGGCCACUUCCCACAGCAGGAGCCCAGCGUGGACAUGCUGCGGCCAGACCCCAGGGACAUCUUCUUCCUCACUCCUCGGAUGGAGCCUUCCAGCCUGGAGAACGUGCUGGAGCCAUGCGCCUACGCCCCGACCUACAUCCUCAAGGAUUUUCCCAUCGCAAGAUACCAGGGACUGCAGUUUGUGUACCUGUCCUUCGUCUAUCCCAACGACUACACCCGCCUCACCCACAUGGAGUCAGACAACAAGUGCUUCUACCGAGAGUCGCCCUUGUACCUGGAGAGGUUUGGGUUCUACAAAUACAUGAAGAUGGACAGGGAGGAGGGAGAGGAUGAUGAAGAGGAGAUGCAGCGCCGCGCCUUCCUCUUCCUCAACCCGGAUGACUUUCUGGAUGAUGAAGAUGACCGGGAGCUGCUGGACAGCCUGGAGCCAACAGGGGCAUCUGUGGCACAGCUCGGCCGCCAGACCCCCACGCUGGUGGCCCCCACGAAGCCCAAGAUGCUGACUGUGGCCACCCCCACCCCACCGACGUCCAGUUCUCUGGAUGGGCAGGCCCCCAGGCAUUCCCGGGCCCUAAGCUGGGCCUCCCGGCCCCUGCCCCUCUUUCUGGGCCGGGCCCCACCCCCCCACACGGCGCCCUCAAAGGUGUAUGUGACGAGGGUGCGGCCGGUGCGGCCUGGGCUGCGGGCCUCCCGGAGGGCGCUGCCGGACCCCCCCUGGCCCCCUUUCCCCAGGGUCUUCCCACGCCCCAGGCCCCUGCCCAGGGUGCAGCUGCGGGCGCCACCGCGCCCCCCGCAGCCCCACCGCCGCAGGACCGCAGAGCCGAGGCCUUCGGCCCGGACGCAGGCCCCCCGGGGGGGCCGGGGGGCCCCAGUGCAUGCCCGGGAACUCGCAGCGCCCGCUGCAGACGCAAACUCGUCCGCCGAGACAAAACCCGUGACCUCCUUCCUCCGCGUGGCCCAGGUGUCCAGGCCGCAGCUGCCCGGGGAGGGGGAGGAGGAGGGGGAGGACGACGGCCCCCCGGGGGAAGAGGCCACACCGGACGCCAGUGAGGAGGAGGAAGAGGCGGCGGCGCGGCCCGCGGGCCGCUGGCGGGAGGACGCCAUCGACUGGCAGCGCACGUUCAGCGUGGGCACCGUGGACUUCGAGCUGCUGCGCUCGGACUGGAAUGACCUGCGCUGCAACGUGUCGGGAAAUCUGCAGCUGCCGGAGGCCGAGGCCGUGGACGUGGCGGCCCAGUACAUGGAGCGGCUCAACGCGCGCCACGGCGGGCGCUUCGCGCUGCUGCGCAUCGUGAACGUGGAGAAGCGGCGCGACUCUGCGCGCGGGAGCCGCUUCCUGCUGGAGCUGGAGCUGCAGGAGCGCGGCGGCGGCCGCCUGCGCCUGUCCGAGUACGUCUUCCUGCGGCUGCCGGGCGCGCGGGCCGGGGACGCGGACGCGGACAGCCCCGAGCCCCCCGCGGCCGCCGCCUCGCGCCGCCCCGACGCCGAGCUCUGCCGGCCGCUGCGCCUGGCGUGGCGCCAGGACGUCAUGGUGCACUUCAUCGUGCCAGUGAAGAACCAGGCGCGCUGGGUGGCACAGUUCCUGGCGGACAUGGUGGCGCUGCACGCGCGCACCGGAGACUCGCACUUCAGCGUCAUCCUGGUGGACUUCGAGAGCGAGGACAUGGACGUGGAGCGGGCCCUGCGCGGGGCGCGCCUGCCCCGGUACCAGUACCUGAGACGCACUGGAAACUUCGAGCGCUCGGCGGGGCUGCAGGCCGGAGUGGACGCGGUGGAGGACCCCAGCAGCAUCGUCUUCCUCUGUGACCUGCACAUCCACUUCCCUCUCAACAUCCUGGACAGCAUCCGGAAGCACUGCGUGGAGGGCAAGCUGGCCUUCGCCCCCGUGGUCAUGCGCCUGGGCUGCGGGAGCUCACCGGGCAACCCACACGGUUACUGGGAGGUGAAUGGCUUUGGCCUCUUUGGGAUCUACAAAUCGGAUUUUGACCGCGUGGGAGGCAUGAACACGGAGGAGUUCCGGGACCAGUGGGGGGGCGAGGACUGGGAGCUGCUGGACCGGGUCCUGCAGGCAGGGCUGGAGGUGGAGCGACUGAGGCUGAGGAACUUCUACCAUCAUUAUCAUUCCAAGCGGGGUAUGUGGGGCACCCGGAGUCGCAAGAGCUCCCGUGUGGAGCGGUCCUGAGGCUGGAGGACCUGCCCGGCAUGCUGAAGCAGAGGUGGCGGCCGCGGAUGCUCAGCUCCAGGAUCCGCCCCACGUGGCUCAUGGCCUGGCUGCCACCUCGGUCCCACACUGCACAAUGAUUUCUGUGAAAUUUUCUGUAGCAAUGACCUUGUUUUCAGG